AUGUCUUGCAACUCAAAAUCUUCCCGUCAUCAAUCAAGAAGCACCGAGGGCAAUCCCGAGGAUAUGGUGGAGCAAGUCAAGAGCAUUAUCACUUUACUGAACGAAGUUGUCUCAUCUAGACCUCAUGAAUGUGAAACCUAUAUUCCCUCUGCUCGCUCAGCUGUCACUGCUCUCGAACAUGUUCGCUUUUUUCGCGACCCAGCACGCUUUGCUGAGCAGGUCUGGAUCAUCCAGGGACUUCAAAGCUUUGCUUUCUAUGACGCAGAUAAUGGAAGUGUUGUAGAUAUUGCAGACUUCUGCCAGAAUGGAUGGCUGAGAGUUUUGAGAAACUACCCGGAUAAUGUUGACGUCUUGACGGGGCUGGGUAACAAUUGGCUUCAGAGAUCUCAAGUAACUUUAGCCCGCAUUCAUUACGAAGAAGGAAAUGAUACCACAGGUACUUCUGACUUAGAAACUUACUUCUUAGAAUACGAUUCUGACAAUUCAUCUUCUCUAGCACCGCCCAAUGACCCCCGCAGACAAGGACCCCUCUAUGUCGAAGCUCGAGGUUAUCUACAACCAGCUGUGGAUUUCUUCACUCGGGCCAUUCGAGCCGCUGAUGGUCUUGGAUAUACUACUGGUGACCUAUUGGCUUCCGCUGCAGAAUCACAUAUGAGUCUAGGCAACGUAUCUGCAUCUCCAGCAGAUGAACAUGCUUUCACUCAAGCAAUCCGAUAUUUGCGUCGUGCAGAAACAACACAGGGGUAUCAGUUAUCGGAGCAUAUGCAACAAUAUCUUGAUGAUUAUGGAAGAUAUGUUUCUUAA